AUGGGGGGAGUAAGUGAAGGAGAUGAUGUGUUGGCUCGAUGGAGUGAUGGACUACUGUACCUCGGCAAUGUGAAACGAGUAGACGGAGUCAAGCAAUGCUGCCUGGUGAGGUUCGAGGACAACUCGGAGUUCUGGGUUCUGAGGAAGGACAUUCACUCCUUCGCUGCCGGAGUGGAAGAAGUUUGCUGUAUUUGCGACGCUCCUCCUCUUAAGGAACCCCUCAUAAAUUGUCUUAAAUGCCGCCACGGUUAUCACCACGAGUGCCACACGCCGGCCAUCGAACCCGAAGCCGAGAGCGAUUCGUGGAUAUGUCGUCAAUGUGUCUUUGCAGUCGCAACCAAGAGAGGCGGGGCUCUGAAGCGAGGACGCUUCGCUCGGCUCAUGCAGUUCAUGAAACUGCGGCUUCCCUACCAGCUGUCGCCUCUGGACUGGGACCCGCAGCAUCUGACCAAUCAGCAGCAGUGCUACUGCUACUGCGCCGGACCUGGAGAGUGGAACCUGAAGAUGCUGCAGUGUGGAAGCUGUGGCCAGUGGUUCCACGAGGCCUGCACACAGUGCCUCACCAAGCCGCUGCUGUAUGGAGACAGGUUUUACCAGUUCCAGUGCUCGGUGUGUGCAAAGGGACCCGAGACCAUCCAGAGACUCCCCGUGACCUGGAUGGAUUUGGCUCAUCUGGUGCUCUACCAUCUCUCGCUGUGCUGCAAGAGGAAAUACUUUGAUUUCGACCACGAAAUCCUGUCCUUCACCAACGAGAACUGGGACUCGCUGCUCCUGGGCGCGCUCUCCGACACGCCGAGGCAAGACCGCUGUCACAAUCUCCUCAACGCCCUGAACUCCCACAAGGACAGGUUCGUCUCCGGAAAGGAGAUCAAGAAGAAGAAGUGUCUUUUUGGGCUUCAGGUCCGAGCCCCGCCUCCGCUGACGUCCGAUUCGUCGCCGCUCAUCACCGACCAGCCUAUCAACAUCACGCACCGGAAAAGGUCCAGCCCGUUGUCACUCCCCUGCCAGAGGAGAGCGGGGGGGGCGGAGUCUCGUAAAUCAAAGCGUCGCAUCAUGGAGACACAGGCUUGUCCACCCUCAGUUGCUGCCAACCCCAUUGAGCUGCUGCCUUGUUGCCAUGGCUACGUGGGAGGAGCCAGCCUCUGCAACUCCAGGAAGUCGGAGGAGGAGCUUAGUUUGAGCUCUCCUCCCAAGCGGAUGCACGCUCUGUACCACGGCUCCUACAACGGAAACAGCGCCCUCUCCAGGGGUCUCCAUCACUACGACAGCGUGGAGGACACCUGCAGAGUACCUCCACCUUGCCUCCCAUACCCCCAAAACACCAACGGCAGCCACCAACACCAGCCGGGGGGGCCCAAGCAGCUGGAGCCCCUCAUCCAACGCGACAUGCCCCCGUACCAGGCCGGUGUGAGCGUAGGGGGCGGCGUAGGUGGAGGAGGUGACGGUGGCGGUGGCGGCGGCGGUGGAGGAGGAGGAGGAGGAGGUGGUGGGGUGGUAGUCGGAGGAGGAGGAGGAGGAGGGGGUGACGGGACAGUGGCCAGGAGCUGGGGAGGCGGCGAGGCGGUGAGGAUCUUGGCGAGGCGCGUCACACCGGACGGGAAGGUGCAGUACCUUGUGGAGUGGGAGAACGUGAAUUUGUACUGA